CACCAUACAGCAAAAGUCAAUCUUCUUGUACCGCUGAGAAUUUACCUAAGACACCAUGGCUGAUACCCUAGCGUUGGCUCGUGACGGACCUUAUGGUGGCAAUGGGGGCAGUGCCUACGAUUUGAGAGAUAAUGAACACAAAAUCAAGCACAUCGAUGCCUGGGAGGCGAAGUGGCAGAACUACGAUGUCAUCGGUGCACUCAGAUUCCGAUUCGAUAAUGGGGACUUGAGCAAUCGUGUUGGCGGCAAAGAUCCCAACACCAACUAUUAUCUUAAAUCUUUUGAUUUUGAGGACAAUGAAGGAAUAAAAGAGAUGACAGUCUACGCUGGAAACAACGAGGGCUUUCUCAACGGGUUCAAGUUCCGUACAACCCACAACCGCGACUGGAAAGUUGGCGGAACAGAGGGUCACCCCUUCCCAGUGAAAAACCUCGGUAAGAAAGGUGAAUGGGCUGGGGCUACAGGCAGGGACGGAAUCCAUGGUGCCGAUGCCGUUGUGGAUAGCGCGAUUCUCUAUUUCAAGGAAUAAAAGGAUAUGGCUUCUUCCUGCAUGAUUAAUAUCGUGGAGGACCUAGUGAUUCCUCAUGUGGUCUUGCAAGUGUCGUGCCUUGGUAUGGGUUUUUGCCGGAGUAUUCUGUUUUUUCCCAUCCUUUCAUGCAAAUGCAAAG